UAAAAACAUGUUAAAAGAAAAUGUCACAUUCAUAUGUGAUUCAAAUUCGUCUCGUGAUGUGGAUGGAGAAAAUAAGAAUGUAGAUCUUAUGUACUUAAACAACACAUUACUUCCCAAGGUUGGAGAUGCCCUCGUUGAAACGACGCGGAAGAGGAAGCUGUAUCCAGAAGAAUAUCGUACGAUCGUAACAAAACAAUUAAAAUUGGAAGCUGAAAAAUUGAGAGCUAAAGAAUACCGUGUCGAACGUGGAAUUGAUUUCAAAGACCUCCUCAGAAAUGACACAGACGAUGGCGAGAAACUAAUGAUUGAAGUUUCCUCUCAAAUGCAAAGUCACAUUCAGAUGAUUCAAGAAAAAAUAGAGAAGAUUGAACGACUGAAGGAAUGUUUUACUGCAUUCAAGCAGAUGGAAGAAUGUAAAACGGAUAGAAUGGUAUUCAGAGAAAGUAUCAUCAGUCCAACAGAUGAACGAGACAUUCGUCUGUCGCAACAUACAAAAAAAAUAUGAAUUUAUCCAAUAGAUUCUGCAUACAAUCUUACUGAUCAUGAAUCAGUAAUUAAUGCAAAAACUUAUAUACAUAAUGAUUACUAUAUAUAUAACAGUAAAAUUUUUUUUAUUUGUUUUGUCUCUAAACAUGUACAUAAAGCUAAAAACUUGCAGGUUUCCAAUAGCAGUUGUUCUUCAUUUUUAUCUGUAAAUGUUUUACGUUAUAUUUUUUCAAUGACUUACAGGACAGAACAAAGAAUUAUUUUAAUAACACUACUUCAACUGCCGUAUAUUUGGACCAUAAACUGGCAGCAAUAAUUAUAAAUUAGUAAUAAAUUUGACCCUAGAGGGAGGCAUUAGGUGCCACCUCGUAUUAAAUUUAAUAAUUGUAAUUUAAUUAAAUAAUUUUAGAUUAAUUAUAGCCCAAUGAUAUAAGGCAGUUGAAGUAGUGUUAUUGCAAUGUAUUGGGUUUAAAAUAAUUAUAUAAACAUCUUACUAAUUUGAUUAUUAGUGUUUAACUUUGUUGUGUGACCUUUAAAACAAAUUUCUAAUUAUUUUAAUCAUAAAAACACACAUGCUUUGAGAUUUGUGUAUUAAGAAUGUGUGAUACAUAUAUUUCAACUGUGUAUUUUGAUAGAAAACUUUCAAUUUAGCCAUUUGUUUGUCUCUGAAAUUGACACUAAUUUUCAGUGUGUCACUAAACCGAAAUAUUGGUUUCUCCUCUCUCACUCUUGGUUCCCAAGUUAUAGAGUUAGUCUCAUGUUUUUUGUGUUGAUCUUUCUGUAAAAGCAAUGACAAAAAUAAAUUGUUGCUAUACAUUGAUUGUAUUAGAAAUUACAUAUCAGAUACAUUUAUCACUUUUGCUUCUAAACUUGCAGAAAAAUUCAAAUAGACAAUGAUAAUGCAUUAAAUUUGAAGGAGAUUUAUUUUGCACAGGCAUGCAAGUUUCGGAAAUAAUACAUUUGAAGAGUUUGCUCUUUUUGGGACACAAGUGUUUUCAAUUCAGAGGUUUGGUUUUAGAAUGGUUCUAGGAGAAUAGAAUUAUUGUACCCCUAUGUUGCCUACUGAAACUGUAAAAGAGCAGGGUAUAGUUUGCUUUAUAUUGUGACAAUUUGAUUGUGUUCUUCUUUAGACAUUCAGAUGUACUGUACUUCAAUGUUAUUGUAGUAUAUUGAAUUUACUAAUUGUAGCUGUAUAAUCGUUCAGUGAAUGGUUGCCUCUUUAAUUGGAAAA